AUGCCUUCUGUCAUCUCUCGUUCCGAAUGCCUCGACUUGAACGAUAUUCUAGGCGUCAAGACCUUGCCUGGAUGCCACAACAUCAAGCAUACUCUCAAGCGUGAUGAUGCUUUCAACACGACCUCUGCGAUCGGAGACGAAGAAGUCAAGCAUCGAUCCUCCUGGCUAAUGCCACGCAUUGCUCGUCGCAUGACGAAAAACUCUCCACACCAUGUUUCCAAGUGGCGUUCGGAAGUCUUUGUUGAUGACUCGGAUUGUUCAAGACUUCGUGCUCUUCUUACCGAGAAGAUGGGAUCUCCUGCGGAGGCCGAAGAACAUCUUCCUAGUGCUUGUAAGCGAUUGUAA